UUGACAAUGAAUGUUGUUAGAAAUUCAUGUUAAAUGUUUAACGUGACAAUUGUUUCUAUAAAAUCAUUCUCAGACAUUGCAGUUUUGUAGUAACACAGCAAUGUUGUAGGAGGUAUAAACAGCGGAAAAACUUAUGCACACACCACCUACCUGACAUGCUUUAAAUGUCAUAAACCUAAAUAAUGAAGCAUGUCAUCAUCUCGUCUUGCAAACAGUAAAGCAUCUCUCACAGAGGUUUAACAAACCUCAAUGCACAUCACUCAAUCAUACCAAAAGAUUGGGCAUCUGAAAGCAAAAGCUUUUGAUUUCUGAGGAAACAACAACCAAGAUCUACUUGGUUCUCUGUCAAGUUGCUUUUUCUGUCAUUGAAUGCUGAUGCAAUAGACUGUGUUUCAAAGAUCAUUUACUAGGUGUGACAUUUAGAGGUAUGAGUCGAGUAUCUGUUGAGUGUGCGUUGCUGUGGGUUUGUGGUGGUCUCUUCACUGGUGUCCGGCAUGGUGCUGCACGGAUGUGGUUAAAUUCAGUUUGAAACAGGAAACACAUGGGUUCUUCUGUCUCUCAUUAGUCCUUUGUGUGACUUCAAGCAAUAUACAUCAGAAUGGAAGUGGACUGAGAGGUCUCUUUACAGGCAUGAUUGAAGUCAAAAGUCAGCAAGGAAUUCUCCUUGCCGUCAUUUCUUUGGCUUGUCUUGGUUGCGUCUAUGCCUUCUGUUUGUGUUGUAAAAAGAGUUCUAUUAUACGCCAAGAGGACAACAUCCUGUAUGAGCAAAAUGAAAAUUUCAGCAAUGAACGUAACAGUCAUGUUGUUAUCCAACCAGAAAAAGUGAUUAGACCAAACCAAGUACCUUCAACGUCAAGGAAAUCAACAGCGAAGUUAAUUAAUCCUACAAACACAGGCAAGAUCCACUGCAGUUAUCAGAACUUUCCAAAUAGAGCUGGUGGCAUAUAUGAACCAACAUAUGUGGACCCAAUUCCAGAUUUCCUUUAUGCAAAUGAAGAUGAUGCAGAAAUAGAUGUGGGAACAUACGAGAAUGUUAUUCUAACAACAGAAGUUCAACAUGACUCAGACAGCUAUGAUUAUGAAAACAGUGGCUUCCUGGCCAACAGACCUGAAGAAUCAGAAUAUGUGAACAAUACCGUGGAUGAAAACUGAACACUUUUAAUGGGAAAUGAAUGUCGUCCACAAGCCUUUGACUGAAAUGAGACUCCAGUUUUACAUUAUAAUUAUCAAAUGUAUACAUUUUUAUGACUUUAAUAUUCAGAAAUAGAACAUUUUGCCUUCCUUUGACGUACCUUUAAAAAUGCACCGGAUUUAUUUAAGUAUAAAUAAUAAUAUAACAUGUUCAGUGCGCCACUGUGUGUAGAUGUUUUAUGUGCUUAUCAAUAAAGAUUCAUAAUGUUCAAACCAAUUUUUUAUCUUAAGAAAAUUGUUGUACAGUUACAACAGUAUUUUACUCAAAAUCAUAAUGUAUGGAAACUAUACACAAAGAAUUAUAAGAAGUUUUGAGCUGUAGUAGACAAUAGAUGACUAACCUGCAGGUCCGGUCACAUUUCAAAUAAACAAGUAUGGGGGCUAUGGAAGAUAUUUGUGAAAGUUCAUCACAUAAACACAAAAGCGAUUGAUGUGUUUUUCCACCAAACUUGUCAAAGCAAGCACUUGGUCCAUAACAAAUGACAACAACAGUGUAAAUGUUGCUCGUUCUGCUGUAACAUUUCUUAAUG